AUGUCUUCCAGACUCGGUGCAGUGCCCGCUACCCCGGGACCCACACCCUUUAAGCAGCAGAGGAGCACGAGGAUCGUGGGAGCUAAGAAUAGCAGGACCCAAUGCUCCAUAAAGGAUAAUAGUUUCCAGUACACUAUCCCUCACGAUGACUCCUUAAGCGGCUCAUCAUCUGCUUCUUCAUGUGAACCAGUGAGUGAUUUUCCAGCGUCUUUCCGAAAAUCUACCUACUGGAUGAAAAUGAGAAGGAUCAAGUCAGCUGCUGCUUCCCAUGUAGAAGGGUCAGGUGGAGUAUCAACCAAAGGAAAAAGGAAACCGAGGCAGGAAGAAGAUGAAGACUAUCGAGAAUUUCCUCAGAAGAAGCAUAAGCUUUAUGGGAGGAAGCAGCGGCCUAAAGCUCAGCCUAAUCCCAAAGCCCAGACUCGCCGUAUUCGGAAGGAACCACCAGCUUAUGCAGCAGGCAGUUUAGAGGAGCAGUGGUACUUAGAAAUUGUGGAUAAAGGCAGUGUCUCCUGUCCUACCUGCCAGGCAGUGGGGAGAAAGACCAUAGAGGGCUUAAAGAAACACAUGGAAAACUGCAAACAGGAAAUGUUUACUUGUCAUCAUUGUGGGAAACAGCUUCGUUCAUUAGCAGGGAUGAAGUAUCACGUCAUGGCAAAUCAUAAUAGCUUGCCCAUUUUAAAGGCUGGAGAUGAAAUAGAUGAACCAAGUGAGAGGGAACGUCUCCGAACAGUUCUGAAGAGACUGGGAAAGCUGAGAUGCAUGCGUGAGAGUUGCUCUAGUAGCUUCACCAGCAUUAUGGGAUAUCUGUACCAUGUGAGAAAAUGUGGCAAAGGGGCUGCUGAGCUGGAGAAGAUGACCCUGAAAUGUCACCACUGUGGAAAGCCGUAUAGAUCAAAGGCUGGACUUGCGUAUCACCUGAGGUCAGAGCAUGGUCCUAUAUCCUUCUUUCCAGAGUCAGGACAGCCAGAGUGCUUGAAGGACAUGAGCUUGGAGUCGAAGAGUGGAGGCCGAGUUCAAAGACGUUCUGCCAAGAUAGCUGUAUACCACCUGCAGGAACUGGCCUCUGCUGAACUGGCCAAGGAAUGGCCUAAGAGAAAGGUGCUUCAGGAUCUGGUACCUGAUGAUCGGAAGUUAAAAUAUACUCGUCCUGGGCUCCCGACCUUCAGCCAAGAAGUACUACACAAAUGGAAGUCAGAUAUCAAGAAGUAUCAUCGCAUCCAGUGUCCUAACCAGGGUUGUGAGGCUGUCUACAGUAGUGUAUCUGGUCUUAAAGCUCACCUGGGCUCUUGUACAUUGGGAACGUUUGUGGCUGGAAAAUACAAGUGUCUUCUUUGUCAGAAAGAAUUUGUGUCAGAGAGUGGUGUCAAGUAUCACAUCAACUCUGUCCACGCUGAGGACUGGUUUGUUGUCAAUCCGACAACAACCAAAAGCUUUGAGAAGCUGAUGAAGAUAAAGCAGCGACAGCAAGAAGAAGAGAAGCGGAGGCAGCAGCAUAGGAGCCGACGGUCUCUAAGGCGGCGGCAGCAGCCUGGCAUUGAGCUUCCUGAGACAGAGCCAAGUCUUAGAGUAGGGAAGGAUCAGAGGAGGAAUCAUGAGGAACUGCUAGUGGCGACAUCCCGUAAAGAAUCAGAGCAGGAGCCAGUGCCAUCACAGUUUCAGAAAGUCAAGUCCCCAAAGACAAAUCAUAAACGAGGAAAGAAAUAG